AUGUCUCAAUUUUUGAAGUAUGCUCUGCUUGUGGCCUACGUCGAGGCCCGAUUCGGUCAGGAGCAGGUGCCUGUUGCUGCCAUCCAGGCCCUGAGUGACUUUGGCAACCCCGGUGACGCUGGCACUCUCUCUGGUCAGGUGCCCGGAGUUCUGCUUGCUGCUGCCAGCCCUUGCGACAAGCUGUCCCUGGCAGACGAGAUUGUGACCACCCUCGGCAACGACCCGGCCGUGAUCGAGGCUGCUGCCGGACUAGUUGCUGCGGAGCAGAACUUCAACCCCUUCGCUGUCGACCAACCGAGCUUGUGUGCCGACGCCACCCUGCCCGCAACGGAGGAGCUUCGUGGAAUCGUCCCUCUCGUCGACCCCGACGUUGACGGCUCUGAUGUCCAGAAUGCCAACUCGGCCCAGUCCCUGACCCAGCCUUUCGAUGCCAACGGCCUCUCUGUUGCCGACAUCACUUCCGCGCAGGGCUUUUCGACUUUCACGGCCGUGGAUGCCGCGGGUGGCAAUGCCGAUGUCGGCGGUGCUGAUGCUGGAGCCGACGCUGGGGCCGAUGCCGGAAAUGCGGGCGCUGGAGCCGAUGCUGGAAAUUCUAACGCUGAAGAUGAUGCGGCUGCUUGUGGAGCCGGCCAGGCCGAUCAGAACGCGGACCAGAAUGCUGGUCAAGACCAAGCCCAGGACGAGCAAGCCCAGAAUGAAGAUAACCAGAACAACCAGGGACAGGACAACCAAGCACAAGACGGUCAAGAUCAAAACGCUGAUGCUGGUGCUGGAGCAGAUGCCGCCGGAGCCGACUUUGGCCAGUGCACACCCACAAUCGACUUCCAGCUGGGGCGCGAGGGCCGCAAGGCUGACGAAGGCACUUUCUUGCCUACCGACCCCCUCGUCGCUGAGGGACAGCAGGACGCGCUUAACCCCAACAUUAUCACCAACCGCGUCUGUGACCAGCUGGUCAACGUCUGCGAGGCCAACGACGCUGCUGUUGCAGCCUGUGAGGAGGCCCAAGCGCUUGUCGAGCAGCUUGGCACCAAGGACGCUUCGACUGCGGAUGCCUUCAACCAGGCCCUGGGGUUUUAA